GAUUGACCCUCCCCCCCACUGUACCUGACUUAGUCCUUAUCCUAGGAGUGUUGAUCAUGUCCACAACGUCCCUGGAGGGUAAAACCGCCCUGAUCACCGGUGCCGCCAGUGGAAUCGGCAAAGCAACCGCCCACAAACUCGACAGUCUCGGAGCUACACUGAUCCUAUGCGAUAUCAACGAACAGUCCCUCCAGGAAUUACAAUCCGCGCUCUCCCACCGCCCCCGCAACAAUGCCAAACACAUUUUCCAGGUCUGUGACGUCGCCUCCAGCACAGACUGCACGCGCCUCACGCAAAUCGUGCGCUCCUCGCUCGAGCACCUGAACUUCCUCUUCAACUGUGCGGGCAUCAACCCCACCACUAUCGCCAUUACCGAUACCACCGAGGAGUACUUCAGCCAGUUGGUGGACGUCAACCUCCGCGGCACCUUCAACAUGUGUCGCGCUUGUGUGCCCCUCAUGCGCCGCGGGUCGGUCAUGGUCAAUGUCUCCAGUGUGUGCGGGCUGAAGGGCGUUGCGGGCCAUUCGGUCUACUGCGCGACCAAGUUCGCGGUGAUUGGGUUGACGAAGGCGCUGGCGGUGGAGUUGGGGCCCCAGGGGAUUCGGGUUAAUGCGGUCGCGCCGGGCCAUACGGAUACGCCAACUAUGGUGGGGAAUGUUGCCGGGGGCGAUGCGAAUGAGAGGAUUGUGAAGGAGAUUCCGCUGGGACGCUUGGGGCAGCCAAGAGAGGUGGCAGAGGUGGUGGCGUUUUUGUUUAGUGAGGGGGCGGCGUAUAUGUCGGGAAGUGUCGUGGAGGUUACAGGAGGUGUGAGUUAGAUGGAUUUGGAGGCUGUUUGGGGGGAUUGUACAUAUAUGAGGAUGCAUGGAGCGUUGGGGAGUGCAUAUCUCGAGGCAUGAG